ACAAGAACACGAUUCCAAAUGUACAUACAAAGAUUUUUGAUUUGCCACUGAGACAGAUGCGUUUAAAAAAUUCAAGAAAAGACAUCUGCUUUCGGGAAUCGCUUUAGUUAAUAAUACUCUGACUUGCCAGCGGCAAAUCAACAAACAUGAACGCAGGGAAAGUAGAAAGACGCCAUAAAAUCAGAAAUAGAGAGGCAGACUUGGCGCAAGACCGGCAAGGAAAAAUAACGAAACAGGAACUGCCAGUUUUGUUUUUACCUCCUGUUGUUGGCGAUCGAUCCUCGCACGUCAAGUGCGAGAACAACACUUCGCUUAUGAUUACAAUGAAGAAGUUGAACAAGCGGCAGCAAAACUGUAAACACGUUCACCAAAAGCUUUCCACGACAGCUUUACAACUUCAGGUUAAAGAAGGAUUGUUCUACAACUGCAAACAGGACAAAAAGCGAUCGAGUUGUAACAAUAAAAUGACCUUUACGACGAAAAAUACUUUUAAAAGGCCGUUUAUUUUGCCAUCAUUACCAACAGUAGCGUUCCAAGGGCAAAUUCGUAAGAAAGCAAUGGCAUCUCAAAGGAACCCAACGAAGCCCACAGGCUACAAAAUGUUUCCCAAAUAUCUGCCGCGGAUCAACACAAAGAAGACGCCAUUACAAAGCAACGAUACAACAGCUAACGGCCUCAUAAACGUGUCUAACACGAAAACGAUCGACAAAAGUUUUUCCCCUUUAGCGAGGAAGGCUAUGAAACCUUUGCGAGCUGCAAUAUCUUCUUCGGCAACUUUGCGAGGCCUGAUUUCUCUGGAUUUAGAGGAGCAAUUCGUUUUCCGAUUUCGUCUUUCAAAUUACGACGCUAAAGACAUCAAUAUAACUUCUCUAAAUAAGCCCGAAUGA